AUGCCUUCAACAAAGAGCCGUACGGCGGUGACGUCAGGCCAGCGGCGGACGAUGAAGAAAUUAAUGGCCACCGGUGUACCGGCCGGUGCGGUCGCCAACUUGUUGCUUUCGGUCAUAUGUCUGUCCGGUGCCUUAUCGGGUGCCGGUAUGGUCAGUGCCAGUGCCCUUCCGUCGGCAUCGUUUCCGUCCAACAGUAACGGAGUGCCCAACAGUGCCUCGGCGGAUGUCGGCCAUCGGCGUACGUCUUGCGUUGCGGUUCAUCCGAUCCUGAAACAGCGUGGCGUCGAUCCGAUUGAUAUGCCAAUCGAUCCAAUUCCAGAUCUUUCCCUCCGACACUGUGAGGUGCCGGCCGGCGGUGGAACCUGCUGUACGCAGAUGACCGAGCACAAACUCGCCCUGCACGCUAAAACGAUGCUCGAGCGCAACACCAAAGACAACAUCUCCAAGCUCUCGUCCGUACUCGGCACACGGGCCCAACGCUUCAACGAAUUCUUCGAAGAAUUGCUCGGUCAAUCAAAGCACGAAUUCCACGCCAUGUUUAAGCGCACGUACGGCACGAUCUAUGAACAAAACUCGUACGUCUUUGCUGAUCUGUUUGCUGAGCUUGAACGUUACUACGCCCACGGCAAGGUCGACCUGUCCGAAACGAUGGAUCACUUCUUCAACAUACUAUUCCAGAAGAUGUUCACAGUGCUGAACGCGCAGUACACAUUCGAUAACAAAUACCUCGGCUGUGUGAGCGAGCAUAUGAAGGAUCUGAAGCCGUUCGGUGACGUGCCCGAUAAGCUGUCGGUGCAGAUCAAGCGUUCGUUCGUGGCAACCCGUACAUAUGCACAGGCGCUCGCAUCAGCAGCCGAUGCUGCACGAAACAUGAUCAAUGUGCGACUUUCCGCCGAAUGUACGGCAGCACUUACCCGGAUGAGCACGUGCAACGUAUGCGCCGGACAGACAAAGAAACCGUGCGAAGCGUACUGCGUCAACGUGAUGAAGGGAUGCUUCCCAAGCUACGAAGAGGUCAGCACCGAGUGGGACACGUUCGUCGCUAAAAUGGAGCGCAUUUCGGAACGUCUGCUGGGCCCGUUCAACAUUGUCAUGGUAGUGCAACCGAUCGAUAUCAAGAUCUCGGAAGCGAUCAUGAACUUCCAGGAAAACGGUAAGGACAUUUCGGACCGCAUCUUCCAAGGCUGCGGACAACCAGCGCUGGGCCGCAUGCGUCGAUCGUUGAACGAUAAAACAGAUGCGCUGUUCGAGCAACCGGCGACAGUGAAUGGUGUCGAACCUCAGUCCCGGUUGAUGACAACGAUGGAGCAACAGCAAUUCCCGCUCGUGGAAGGUAUCACACGACGCUCGAACGUGGUGAGCGAUCCAGACACGUCCGAAAACGAUUCACAGUUCACGUUUGAUGACGAGGGUGUAGAGCAGGAAGACGAUAACGGUGGUGGUGCUGAGAAACACAUCACCAAACGCGCUGCCGGUACUAAUGCCGGAGGCGGUGACUCUACCAGCCGCGAGCUCAAGUACGAACCACUACAAUUCUCCGACGGUGAUGUACAGUUCACCAACAGCAAUGGUCCACCAGUGAGUGGAUUGGCAGGCACCGGUUCCCAUCACACAUCCGGUAGCAGUAGCAGCAGCAGCAGCAGCAGCAGCAUCAGCAGCAGUGGUAUCAAUGUUGCUGGAGCUGGAGGUGCUGGAGGCCGUGCCAACCGUCGCAAGCAUAAAGGUGGCCGCAAACAGACAAACGACCAGGACGAACAGGACAAUCAGGAACCGAUGAUCGAUCGUAUGGUGAAAGACAUUCGCCAGAAAGUGAGCAACUCGAAACGAUUCUGGGCACAGCUACCGUACAUGCUCUGCAACAAUGAGGAUAAUGCGGAGCAGCCAGCGAGCGAUACUAGCUGCUGGAAUGGGACGGCAAUUGAUCGCUAUCAACCCAAGAUCGUGACCGGAGAAACUGAUAACAAUCCAGAAUUUCCGAACAGGGUGUUUCAAUCGCGUCAGAGUACGAUUGUACAGCAGCAGCUGUUCAUUCUUCGUACAGCCAUCAGCCAUCUUAGCAAUGCGUACAUCGGACACGAUGUAGAGUGGAACGAUCAAGAGGAUGGCUACUAUGGCAGUGGGUCCGGCCAGGGCAGUGGUAUCGAUUAUGAGGAAACUGCCGGCUCCGGUAUGGGUCUUUGGGAAAUCGAUGUACGGAACGAUCGACGACCGGGUUCAGUCGACUCGGUGCCACCAGCGAUCGGCAAGGGAGUGGUCGGCGGCAACGGCGACGAUUCAAGCAAUCCUAUCGGUGGCAACCCGAUAAUAUUCCGCGAACCCAUCCACAACAACUUCGAUAACACGGAUCCACGUUCCGGGGUGCCAAGCGUUGUGACGGGUGUUAGUGGCACAACGGGUACUAGCGGUGGUACUAGCACUGCCGGAAGCUCCCACGGUACACCGGAAAUGUCGAUCGAGCGUGCGCUGCUACAGUUCUUCCUGCCCAUCGUGAUGGCGUGGUUUGGCGGGCUGGUUACCGAUUUGCUGUGAUUUGUGAUCU